CACAGUGUUUAAAAGGGUCACUAAAACGUGCCGACGUUACCGUGGGACUCAAAGAGCUAUUAAGUAGGAGUCGAAUGAUGCAGACUGUUGUCAUAGGGAGGGGACAGAUAGGAGGACACAACCCUUUGGCUGUAGUUGGAACAUCCCAGUAGAACUUGACAAGGCGUAUCAGAGGUGGCAUCUUAACAACCCUGUAAGGAACUCUAGGAUUUCCAUUGGGAUUUUAGGAGGACAAGAACAGUUUGCAGUUUGGAGAUUGCAGCGUCUGAACCAUGUUCUCCACGGCCACUUCAUACAAGAACCAGCAUUACUCGGAGCUGAAGAAGGAAUGUCUGGAGGACAAGAAACUGUUUGAGGAUCCAGAGUUUCCUGUCACCAACGCAUCCCUGUUUUACAGGAAACCACCUCCUGGUAUGGUGGAGUGGAAGAGACCACGGGAAAUCAGCGACGAGCCUCAUCUGUUUGUGGAGGGCAUCAGCUCCCAUGACCUGAACCAGGGCCGUGUGGGUAACUGCUGGUUUGUGGCGGCGUGCUCCUGCUUGGCACUGAAAACAGACCUCUGGCAGAAGGUCAUCCCUGACUGGAAGGAGCAGGAAUGGGACUCUAAGCACCCGGAGAACUACGCUGGUAUCUUCCACUUCCAGUUCUGGGUGUUUGGGGAGUGGGUGGAUGUGGUGGUGGAUGAUCGCCUGCCCACCAUCAACAGAGAGCUCAUCUACUGCCACUCCAAACUCAACAACGAGUUCUGGAGUGCCCUGCUUGAAAAAGCCUAUGCCAAGCUCUCUGGCUGCUAUGAGUCGCUGGAUGGGGGCAACACUGGUGAUGCGGUUGUUGAUUUCAGUGGAGCCGUGACAGAGGCCAUUAACCUGGAGGCUGAAGUUUUCCACAAAGACCAGGAGAAAAUAGACAACCUGUUUGAGGACUUGCUCAAAGUCUACGACAGGGGUGGAAUCAUCAGCUGCUCCAUCAAGGCGUCUCCUUCUGAAAUCGAGGCUUGGAUGGCGUGUGGGCUAGUGAAGGGCCAUGCCUACUCGGUGACUGCAGUGAAGAAAGUACGCUUGGGCCACGGUCUGAUGGCCUACUUCCAGAGCAAGACCAUCCCCCUGAUCCGCAUGAGAAACCCCUGGGGAAAGACUGAGUGGAAAGGAGCCUGGAGUGACAGCUCAGCAGAAUGGGAAAGGGUUGGCAACAUGGAGAGGGAUAAGCUUGGCAUCACAGUAGAAAACGAUGGGGAGUUCUGGAUGGCGUUUACAGACUGGUGUAAGUACUUCACGGAUGCAGAUGUGUGUCAUCUCAUCAACACCUCUCUGCUCACCAUCCACAAGACAUGGCACGAAGUGGUGCAUUUCGGGAGUUGGACCAAGCAUUCAGAGCCCCUGCACAACCGCUGUGGUGGCUGCAUGAACUACAAACAGACCUUCCUACAGAACCCCCAGUACCUGUUUGACAUGACCAAGGAGAUGGAUGAGGUUCUGAUCUCCCUACAGCAGAGAGACAUGAAGAUCCACAGACGUAUCGGUCAAGGAGAGAACCUCACCCUUGGCUUCACCGUCUUCAAGGUGGAACUCAACAGAAAGUACCGCAUGCAUAACAUCAUCACCCAGACGAGCGUGCAAACGUCGAAGUACAUCAACGCCCGCACGGUGUUCACGAGGGUCACGCUCCCCAAGGGUCGCUACAUCAUCAUCCCCUCCACCUUAAAACCAGAGAUUCUGGGAGAGUUCAUGCUGCGCGUUUACACCGAUGUAGACUCAGGAUGCAGAGAGCUAACAGAACACAAGCCCAGGAUGAGGUGUUGGAGUGCAGUCACUGGCUACCCCCAUGUUGUGUCCCAGAUCUACAUCCAUGGAGCAGAGGGGCUGGAAAACCAGGAUGGCACAGGGGGUGCAGAUCCAUAUGUGAUUGUGUCCUGUGAGGGCCGCUCAGUCCGGUCAACAGUUAAGGCAGACACCCUGGACCCGGUGUUUGAGACCAGAGCCAUCUUCUACAGAAAGAAGCCCAGGAAGCCAAUCACUGUGGAGGUGUGGAAUAGUAACGCUGUGAAGGACCAGUUCUUGGGCCAGGUGGUUCUGACAGGCUCGUUAAAAGACUCCACCAAACCCCAGAGGCUCCAGCUAAGGAAAAGAGGCAGAGCCAUGGCUGACGAGAUGCCUGGCUCCAUCACCCUCCGCAUCGUCACCUGCACCGAGCUCACAGAGAUGUGACCUGGAUCAGCUGACUACUACCUGGGUCACAUUGACAAUGUAUACAAGACUCUGUCACCUCUUCCUUGCAAUAACAACGCCAGAAGGAGACUUUGGACAGGAGCUUAUCACUACAAGACAUCAUUUUGGUUGUCAGAAUGACUAUCAAUUCUUUUAAGGACUGGCAUGGACCAAGAAGAACCUUCAAGCCUUCCGGAGUACAUUACUUUGUGUUUUGUAAAGAGACAAGUUUUGCCUUUUUGAAAGGUGAAUGAAUGUGAAAAAAGCAGCAUGAAGCAAGACAAAAUGCAAUUUUAUACUAAACACUAUGAAACAAAAAUAGCUAAUUGAAGUGAUACACAUGUUGUAUCUGUAUACAAAAUGAUGCAACAUAUACAUUUUAAUAACAUGUUUGUUAUCAUAUACAAAUGUAUGUGCCUCUUGAUAUUGUUGAGAAACAGACAAAAAAGGUUUCAGUUUUUGCUACACAAUGUUGUAAAGUCUUGAAUAACCUGAAUGUACAGUAAGUUUUGGACUAUGGUCAUCAAUUUGUAUCCUUCUACUGAGCAACUUGAAAUGUCUAAAGGGUAUACUGCAUGUGUCUAAACUACCGUACUCCCCUUGCUCAAAAUGAUUUGCCAGGUAAUCCCUACUAAAAGGUCAAAGUACAUCUAUUCAAAAAGUUAAUUCACAAUGAUGUUUUAAUUUUUUAUUUGAUUUCAGUCCAGUUCCCAAACUGCAGUAUUUUGUUGUUUUACACUCAAGACACAGCCAUGCACAAUUCAUAAUUUAAAAAAGUCUAUAGCUUUAAUUAACCACAAUUAAAAAUAGCUUAUCCGAAACCUUAGUUUUCCCCUGUCGCUUUAUCUCAUCUGUCUGUUUCCAAAGAUGGGGGCCUGCUGAGGUUUACCAGACAAAUCAGCGGUUAACACACCCACAUGAUAAUAAUAGUAGAAUAAUAAUAGGAAUCAUUUAAAAAGAAACGCUUUUUUUGUCUUUGUUCCAUUCUCUUGAUACACAUUUAUAGAGGAAUUUUCACACCACGUGUACAGGUUUACACAUUCAAAAGAGAGGAAUGUACAGGAGCGACCGCAGAAGAGGAGCGGACCGGCGGGGCGGGGUGGGGCAGGCCGGGGGGGCCGCUAGCUGUCCCAGAGUUCAUCUUUGUGCUCAUAGUUCAGGUACAUAGGUGAGACCAAAGGUCACAGGGCAGAUGGUCUCUGUGAGGUCCCUGAUACUCUCAGCCACAGGCACACUCAGCAGUCGUGUUCCGGACAGACAGACAGGCUCCAUGGGCGUGCUGGAGACAGACAGGACUGCUUCCAAUGGCACUGUGUCCAGGUGGAGUACUGUCUGACACAGCCCAAGCAGGAUUGUUCCAUCCAGGAGUGUUUAGACAAUGUUUAUUUUCAUGUUCAAUUUCCAGGGUGCAAACCAUUUACAAAUACAGAGGCCUACUAUAGAGCAACCUGAAUAUUGUCAUUGCAUUUUUUCCAUCUUAUUUACAUACAUACACACAUAUUCUAACAAUGUUAGCCUACUUGGAAAAUGAAUUAACAUGUGUUGCUUCCCAUGCAUGAAAUCGGCCAUGUCCUCCUUGCAAUGGCUCUCCUGCAUUUCUACAGUACGUUUAGCCUACAGUGGUGGUACGAGUGAGCAGCUACCCUGCACCUCACCGUCUGAGUUAAGGUGGACAACAGGAGUGGCAUCUAGUGCUGAGGUAGCUCUCUCGCUUACAAACACACACACGUGUACACACAGCCACUCAUGCUUGCUUACACUCCCAUUCAUACACACACACACACACACACACACACACACACACACACACACACACACACACACACACACACACACACACACACACACACACACACACACACACACACACACACACACACACACACACACACACACACACACACACAAAAAAAAUCUACCAGGGAUAUAGACACAACACGAGGACAAGUGUCUAUCCUGUCUCCUACUCUCUCUGUCCCAGGUCUGGACUUCAGUACAGUCCUAAGGGAAACUGUGGCUACUAUGAAACAGGCAGAGAAUGUCACAGGGAUGGUUAUAAGUAAGCUUUUAAGAAUCAAUCAUAUUUAUGUAGGGAGAGAGCUUUUCAGAGUACUUGUCCAAUAGCCUCUGCUAUGGGAUGGUAGGAAUGGCAGAGUGAAGGGGAAUGUGAUCCUCUUGUUUUCAAGGGUCCGUAAAGACAGGUUACAAUUAUAGAAUGGCACUCAGUCAUCAAUCUAAAAACAUUUUCAUGGACAAAUGAUUAACUAACACCCACCAAUCUGCGGCCACACAGCAAAAACUCACGGAAACGCAUAGAAACAGAUACAACUAAACUCACACAGUACUUAGGAAAGUUUAGCUGCGACAAGACACUGGAGUAAUGAGUCUUAACUCACGCUGAGGAAGCUAAAGAACGGCAUCCCAUUAAAAAAACUAUAUAUACACUCCUCAUGGAUGGACAAAGACAGAGAGAGAGAGAGAGAGAGAGAGACCGACAGACAGACAGAGAGAGAGACAGAGAGAGAGACAGAGAGAGAGACAGAGAGAGAGACAGACAGACAGACAGAG